AUGACAACCAAUGCGCCUACGCUGAUCAACUUGCCGCCGCCGCCAUCCGGAGAAGAGACUCCUGGAGACGCCCCGGGCACGCCCAACUCGGUGACGACCACCAUGUCUGAGCUCUCCACGGUGGCUAUCAAGGACGGUCACCGGGGUCACUUUCCUCACCAUCGCAAUCCGGCCGAAGCGGAGCGUGCUGACCGCAUCUCGCGCCUUGCGGGCCUCGAGCGCGUUGCAGUAUCGGGUCGUACGCCUCAAGGACUCAACCCAGGCACGGCAGCCAAUGCCCCGCCAGGUUACUUUGACGCAAACAACCAGCCCCAGCUCUUCCGUGAGCGCAGCACCGUCGGCAGCGCCAGCGCAACUGGCUCUGUUGGCGGUCGCACGACGUGGGCCAGUGGAAGCGACUUGUACGAGCCAGACCGCAUGAGCGAGGAUCAGGACAUGGACACGUCAAGCAUUGGCGGCUUCAGUGACGAAGCGGCUUCCUUGGUCGGCUUCGGUGAGGGUGCAAGGACUCCAGCCCGACAGCACAGCCAGCUUGGUAGCCCUGCUGUUAGCAAGGCAAGUGCAGUGCCUGGCUACCUGAGGGACGGGGCGCCUGCAAGUCCAUUGAUGGGUGUCAGUGUACCUUCGACUUCAUCGACGCAGACCAUGUCUAGCACUGAGCAGCAAAAGAAGGAGGCGCGCAUGAUGAACGGCAUGACGUACGAUGAGAACGUGGUGGAUACUACCAGUCGUGCGCCUCCUGCCAGUGGCCGCGACGGAGACUCGACUUCGGGAGACGCCAUUCGUGAGCGCAUGGCACAGCGUCAGGCCGAUCAAGACGCCAUGGAUGUUGAGCAGCGGAAGCAGGCUUAG